UUUUUUUUUUUUUUUUAAACAAAUUAUGGCCAUCAUCGUGGUGGUUGUGAAGUGGUGUUUGGUGGUGAUCUUGAUUUGCAUUUCCUUAGUGACUGGUGGUGUUAACACCUUUUCAUAUGCUUGUUGACCAUUUGUAUAUAAUCCAGAGAAAUGUCUGUGCAAGUCCUUUGCCCAUUUUUUUACUUGGGCUGUUUGUCUUAAAUUGGGUUGAGUUGUAAGAGUUCUUUUUGUGUUCUGGAUUCCAGAUUUCACUUGCAUUUUUAAAAGAUAUCUUCGCUGGGUAUAGAAUUGGGACUGACAGUCUUGGUUGUUUUUUGUUGUUGUUUUCUUCAUACAUUAAAGGUUCACUUCACUGAGUUCUGGCUUGCUGGGUUUCUGACUGAAAAUAGGCACAUCUCUUCUGCCAUUAGUGUGGAGGGUUGGGUCCAUCUAAUCAGGAGCAAGCUGGGUUUGGGCUUUGUUGUUGCUAUGAUUGCCUUCAGUGCCCAUUAAGCUUCGUUUCUUCUCACCAUGGCCUGCCAGUGCCUUUUGCUGAGGGUGGGAGCUGGGGCUCCAGGGGGCCUUCUCGUGUGUGUGUUCCACCCUCAGCUUUCAGCUCUCGUGUGCCCACGUAAACCUGGUGGGUUCUUCCCCUCCCCUAACUGUAGACCGCUUUUAGGGCAUGGGAGGCUCGUGCUGGGAAAGGGGAGAAUCUCUGUUAUUUGGGCUCAGCCUCAGUCUCUGGGAGGCCCUGUAUGCCUGGGCUUUCUCAGAGUCUUACCCUCUCCCUGUAGCAUCCAGUCUCUGCCUUGUGUCUGUGGUCCGGGUGGGGCUGAGGUUCCUGCCCGUCCUCCGCAGGAGGAGACUUGUGCUUGCUGUCAGUGUAGGGUCUUCGCUCAAGGAGGUUUGCUGCCCCCCUCUCUGGGAUAGAGUUCUCCUCUGCCCCCAGCUGCAGGGUGUUUCUCUGUGCCAUGGGUGGACAGGCUUUGCCACCCCUCUGUCAGCACCAUAAGGCUCGGUGAAGGGAAGGGCCCAGGGGAGUGCAUGGGGCUUUAUGCUGUCCCCCAACAUGUGUCACUCAUUUCCUGCCUGCUAAGGGGCCUCUCUCCGGUUUGCUUUCCUGACCCCAGACUUUCUCAUGUGGUGUGCACCCAGGGGAGGCCAGCAAGAAAGUUUGCAGUGUCAGAAAAUGGAGUUGAUAAGUGUGCCUCUCAUCUCUGAGUAUUGAUUGUGUGUGUGUGUGUGUGUGUGUAUACACACACACACACACACAUGCAGGCACACAGGUCAUGGCUAUAUUAUGUAUAUUCAUGCUUAUAGUUUACUCCCUGCUGAUUACAAAUGUAAAUAGCCUUAAACAUAAAAUCUGAAAGGCAAAAAUCUCUUCAUCUCAGAGGUUUUUUUUUUCAAGGGCAUUGUUGCAUCUACUCAAAGUAGCCUGGUGGACACGGUCAGUCUUCAGGUCUCUCCAGAUGCAAUAGGAACAGCCACCAGAGGACCUCUUCGCUUUUGUUAUCUACCUGGUAUCAUCCCCUGAGAAGCUGCUCAGAGCCUUGACACAUAUGCGUCAGGCCGCCUAAUACCGCUAGAACUUCUUAUUUAGGAAACCGCUUUGUAGAUGGGAGCUCAUUAGCAUUCUGAACAGUGACUGUGGAAAAAAUGUGAUUCAUGCCCCCGUUGAACAUACUAGGAAAUGCAUUGCUCUGUCUCAGUCCCUGUGGACACACAAUUCCACAGCAUUUGUUUUCCUUACAUAUUGAGGGGGAGAGAUACUCUUUGUGAACUUGCAUAGUGUUUAAAUGCAUUUCCAGCUACAUACAGACUAGAGAUAACUACGCAUGAGAGACCAUGUUAAUCACUAGUUUUUGCAUGUGUUCAUCUUACAGAUAGUAUCUAGUAUUACAGAUUAUUCAGAUGAUUAACCUAUUUUCAUUUGUUUUAUUUAUUUUAAAAUUUUAAUUAUAUUUUUAUUUUUAUAAUUCAUUUUUGUAGACAGCUGAUUUUACUUCUAGAAUUAUAUAGUCCCAGAGAUGUUUAUGACUAUUUACGUCCCAUUGCUCUGAAUCUAUGUGCAGAUAAAGUUUCUUCUGUUCGUUGGAUUUCCUACAAGUUGGUCAGUGAGAUGGUGAAGAAGCUGCACAUGGCGACGCCCCCCACGUUUGGAGUGGACCUCAUCAAUGAGCUUGUAGAGAACUUCGGUAGAUGUCCCAAGUGGUCUGGUCGGCAAGCCUUUGUCUUUGUCUGCCAGACCGUCAUCGAGGACGACUGCCUUCCCAUGGACCAGUUCGCUGUGCAUCUGAUGCCACACCUGCUGACCUUGGCGAAUGAUAGGGUUCCGAACGUUCGAGUGCUGCUCGCAAAGACGUUAAGACAAACUCUACUAGAGAAAGAAUAUUUCUUAACCUCUGCCGGCUGUCAUCAGGAAGCCGUGGAACAGACCAUCAUGGCUCUUCAGAUGGAUCGGGACAGUGACGUCAAGUAUUUCGCAAGCAUCCACCCUGCCAGUACCAAAAUCUCUGACGAUGCCAUGAGCACAGCUUCCUCAACCUACUAGAAAGCUGGAACCUCGUUGUCCUGCUUCCUCGGGAGCCAAGGGCUGACAAGUGCUCCACGCGUGUGAUCUGGGACAGCGUUUGGGAGGAGGAGAGACCUUCCUCUCUCGCAGACUUAACUGCAGGUGCAAGUUGCCUACACUGAUACCAGGGAUUUUAGGAGUCAAGAGAAAGUACAGUAAACACUAUUAUCUUAUCUUGACUUUAAGGGAAAAUAAUUUCUCAGAGGAUUAUAAUUGUCACCGAAGCCUUAAAUCCUUCCGUCUUCCUGACUGAGUGAAACUUGAAUUGGCAGAGCAUUUUCCUCAUGGAAGGGAGGAGAUUCCCAGAGACCUGCAUUGCUUUCUCCUGGUUUGCUUUAACGACAGAUAGAUGGAGUGGCAGCCAGAAGGCGGCUGUGAGCCAGGAUGUAAAGAGACCUUCAGUAUUAGCCCGCACUGUCCCCACGCAGGCAAGGACCUGUUGGUUCUGUGGCCAGCUGCCCAGCCCUAAGUGUGAAUAGUUUUUGACGUAUGUAAAUGCGAAAGGUGAUUUGGGGGGUUCUCCUAAGGGCUUGAUGCUAACACUAAAGUAGGAUCUGAGUUUAACUCUUAAAUGCAGCAUAUUGCUGUGCCCAUUUACAGAACGUUGGCUGAGGAUCUAUGUCCUGAUUUUCUUCAUGCUGGUCAUGACCUGAGGGAGUUUAUUGGCACGUGUGCUGUGCGUCAGAUGUUUUUAACUUGAUGGUGAUCGGCUCUGAGGUGCAGCUGUCCUUCCCACACUGUACAUACCUGUGAGUGCUCUCGGGAGUGCUGCGGUCUUGAAUCAUGCUGUUUAAACUGUCGUGGCACAAGUUCUCUUGUCCGAAUAAAAUUUAUUAAUAAGAUCUAUAGAGAGAGAUAUAUAUACACUUCUGAUUGUUUUCUAGAUGUCUGCAAAUGCAGUUUGUGACCUGUAUUAAUGAUUUAGUAUGAAGUGGGAAAACUAGAUUAAAAUCCUUGUCUUUUAA